GAACCAGAAGUCAGACAAGAGCACUUAGAUCUGAAAUGUACCACGCAAGUCAUCACCCAUGAACUGGCACUGUCACACACCCCGAAAACAUCACACUGGGGAACAGGCGCACAAACAGCCUUUAAGAUUGCUGUGAUCAAACAUACGAAGAGGAAUGUAUAGAUGGGGCCUGUAUAGAUCAAGAUGGACCCCUGGAUAAGUGGCUCUACCCAGAAUUACACCACUGCCGUGACAGCAGCGCCAGAGCGUGGGGCGAGAGCAGGGCGGGCAGGCUGUCAUAUUCUCCUCGGUGCCGUGUGCCCGUGUCUGGAAACUGUUCAGUGCUGGUUGGAUUGUGGGCGGUUUCAAGGACGAGAGCCGGUUUACAGUACCGAGAAGUGGCCAAUUUCAUCAGCAAUGGCCCAACAAAGGCAUUUUCUACAGAUGGGUAUCUCUCAGAAGUCCCCAUCCCCAGGAGCAAUAACCCUCUCGAAUUUUGGAAGACAAAUCAAGGCCGCUUUCCUGACCUGGCGCAGAUGGCACGCAGUUUCAUUGUUGAUGCUUGGUUUGAAGAGAGGUGAUGGAUGUCCGCAUGGUUCUGGGGGGUCCAGAUAACAUUCUCCUGGCCAAUAAUCCUGACGCAGGAAGUGGUUGUUUGAAGCAUCCCUGUGAGGACCAGGACAGAAGCUCCAGCCCAUCUGUCCUUCGUUCUGUGACCACCACAGGGAAGGAAGGUCUGCUGAACAGGAAGAGACCAUUUGUUGGAAGAUGCUGUCACUCAUGCACACCCUUGAGUCAGGAGAGGCUGUUCAACCCCAGCAUCCCUUCACUGGGGCUUCGUAAUGUGAUUUACAUCAAUGAAACACACACAAGACACAGAGGUUGGCUUGCACGGAGGCUGAGUUAUGUGCUGUUUGUCUUGGAGAGAGAUGUCCGGAAGGACAUGUUUGCUCGUAAUGUGGUGGAGAACGUGCUCAACAACAGCAGGCUGGGAAGUGCUAUCGUGGAGGUAGCAUCCGAGGGUGUUAGCACAGGUGCAGAGUCUGGAGUGGAUUCCAAAGCUGUCAGUAAAGUUAGACGGAAGACCAGAGGAUUCCUGCAGGAAAUGGUUGCCAACAUCUCACCUGCCUUCAUCAGAAUAACAGGAUGGGUGUUGUUGAAACUGUUUAAUGGAUUCUUCUGGAGUAUUCAGAUCCAUAAAGGUCAGCUGGAGAUGGUGAAGAAAGCAGCAUCUGAGAACAAUGUUCCCCUGGUCUUCCUUCCUGUUCACAAGUCCCACAUAGACUACCUGCUUAUCACCUUCAUCCUGUUUUGUCACAACAUCAAAGCCCCUCACAUCGCAGCCGGCAACAACCUUGACAUCCCUAUCUUAAGCACACUGAUACGGAAACUAGGAGGAUUUUUUAUCCGUCGUAAACUGGAUGAGACUUCAGACGGAAAGAAGGAUGUGUUAUACAGAUCACUGUUACAUGCAUACACAGAAGAAUUGUUGCGGCAGCAGCAGUUUCUGGAGGUGUAUUUAGAGGGCACGCGCUCUCGCAGUGGGAAGCCAUCUCCAGCACGUGCGGGCAUGCUCUCAAUUGUGGUUGACACACUCUGUGCCAACAGCAUCCCCGAUGUUCUGAUCGUGCCUGUAGGCAUCUCAUAUGACCGCAUUAUAGAAGGAAACUACAACAGCGAGCAGCUGGGCAAGCCUAAAAAGAAUGAGAGUCUGUGGGGAAUUGCCUGUGGCGUUUUCAGGAUGCUCCGGAAGAAUUAUGGCUGUGUGCGUGUGGAUUUCACACAGCCCUUCUCACUAAAGGAGUACCUGGAUACACAGCGCAGCCACCAUCUCCAGGCCCCGCUCACGCUGGAGCAGAUCCUUCUCCCCACCAUCAUCGCUGCACAACCGGAUCAGGCUGUCUUUAAUGGAGAAGAUGAGGAUCAUCUGAAUUCUAGAGACCUGUCAGAUGAGCCCUGGAGGAGGCAGGUCAUCGCUAACCUGGCCAAGCACGUUCUCUUCACUGCCAGCAAGUCAUCAGCAAUCAUGUCCACUCACAUCGUGGCCUGUCUCCUCCUGUACCGGCACAGACAGGGUGUACUGCUGUCUAAACUGGUGGAGGAUUUCUUCAAUAUGAAGGAAGAGAUCUUAUCACGGGACUUUGACCUGGGUUUUUCUGGGAAUUCGGAGGAUGUGGUCAUGCAUGCGCUUAGCCUUCUGGGAAACUGUGUGAACGUCACCAGCACCAACAGAAACACAGAGUUCAUCAUCGCUCCUAGGAACACUGUACCUGCACUCUUUGAGCUCAAUUUCUACAGCAAUGGCCUUUUCCACGUCUUCAUUGCAGAUGCUAUUAUAGCUUGCAGCACACUGGCCCUGCUGAGAGAGCAAUCUGCAACUUCAGCGAGUGAACAGAAUUCUUCAUCUACGCUGCUCAGCCAAGAGAGACUGAUCCGCAGAGCUGCAGGCCUCUCCCACUUUCUGUCCAAUGAGGUGGCAGUAGCAAUGCCUUGUCAGACUUUGUACCAGGUCUUCCAUGAUGCUGUCAUCAGGUUAAUCGAGUAUGGUGUGCUCAUUGUAGCUGAGGAGGACCAGGAGGAGCUGAGUCCUUCUGAGGAGCCUUGGCCCAAGAAGUUUCCAGAGGCUCUUGCUUGGCGAAGUGAUGAAGAAGAUGAAGACAGUGACUUUGGAGAUGAACAAAGAGACCGUUACCUGAAGGUGAGCCCAUCAGCUGAGCCCCAGGAAUUUUAUACUUUUCUUCAGAGGAUUCUCACUCCGGUGCUGGAGGCCUACAGUGGUGCAGCUAUCUUUGUACACAGCCUGAUAUCGCCCAUGUCAGAGAGAGAGUACACGCACAAGCUUUUCAAGUAUCUGCUAACUCGCACAGAGAGAGGAGUGGCUGCAUAUGGAGAGAGUGCCACACACUACCUCGUAAAAAAUACAGUGAAAACAUUUAAAGAGCUGGGGGUGCUUAAUGAGAGGCGAGAGGGUGGUGUGUGCCGUCUGGAGCUGAGCAGCACUUUCUUACCUCAGGCCAACAGAAACAAACUCCUGCAGUACAUUCUGGGUUUUAGUCUGCUGUGACACAUUAGGACCACUGACACAACUGCGUGGCUUUCCACAUCACUUAAGGGCUUUUUACUGGCUAAUCAUAGGUGCUACUCUAAGGAAAACUUUACCUGGAAGUGCCUUCACUAAAUGCCUCAUACUAAACUUUAGUUAGUCUUCCUUCACUGAAAAUUCCCUCCACAAUACACAAUUAGUUGUCAGCUCUUUUGUUUACUAAAUGUUUCCAUUUACACAAUACUAUGCCGGUGAAAGCCCUUUGGUUUUCAGCUAAAUUGGGUGUGUUUAUAGCUCUGAAUGUUUCUUUUUAACUUUCACUAUCACUGUCAGAGCAUGUGAAGAAAUCGCCAUUACCUUACAGAGAACAGAAAGACAGUGCAUCUUUCGAUAACACGUGAAUACAUCAUAAUGGACUCAUUUUUUUAAAAGUGCAGCAAGCGUCCAAGUAGUUUAUGAAAGUAGCAUUUUUUAGCAGGCCUAGAGGAUCAUGAGGGGGAAACUUUACUGGAAACUGAGCUUGAGUGCUUCUGCUUGGCUGACCAUUUCAAGAUAUGUUUGAAAUAUUUGGAGGAGGUUCUCUUGGAGCCAAAGAACUUUGAUUUCCUGCUCAGUUGCUGGUAUAUUUUAUUUUGGAGUUAAGCAGUGAGUCUUCUAUGCUCAGUGUGUGCAAUAUGUCUGUAGUAUGUGAAUUAAACCCUAUUUAUGCCAGAAAUUUGUCUCAAGGCACAAUAUAACCAGAAUGCUGAAAAAGGCACGUUGCCUUCAUAACCACUAGAAUAUUGUGUUUGUUAUUGAAUAUAUCGAGAGCCUGUGAGCAAGCAAAAGUUGAAGAUACCCUGUAAUGUCCCAAAACUGCAGUUCACGUUACCUCAUCUUCAUUCCGUUUUUAUUAUCUGCUCUUUAGAAAGCCUUUUCUGCUGAUGUAUCAUUUCCAACUUCAUUUGUCAUGUGUUUUGUAUUAUCCCAACUUGUUUUGACAAGUCGUUGAAGAAAACUCAUUUGUGCGUCAGC